UGUUAUGAGUAUUUCGCGUAGUGCUGCAUAAAAAAGUAGCCUCAUCUUGAAAGCUUUGCCAAUCAAAAAGUUAAAGUCAAGCAAAUAGUUCGUCUUCUGUAGAACUGAAACAUUUUAAUAGAGCAAUAAAAUGAUACAAUCGGAAACAACUGCAAAACACGAUAAUGUAAAAAGCGAUACAACUGUGACAUUGAGCUCAGAAGUCAAGGUAUUGUCCAUUGGUAAUCGGAGGCCACACUACAGGUCUAAAAAAAAACAGGUGGUCAAGUUUGACAUGAAUGUUUUUCUUGACAACUGCAAGAAGCAUUUUGGACUUCUUCUAAUGGGAACUCGUACGCCCAAAGAAGUGGCCAUGAAUUGGUCUAUGAUCCAACUUCUUGAAAUGAAAAGAAUCGAGGAGGAUAAUCAAGUAAAACACUUUCAAUUCUAUUGCCAUCCCAGAGGUAGGGAUAGUGGUUACAUGAUGUAUGGCCAGACAGUUAAUGCCGAGGCAGUAUUGCACGAUAUGAGAAAGCGACUGCAGCAAGAAAAGUGGACGUCAAAGUAUGUUUUAGAAAUGCCUGUUAACGAAACCUGCUAUAAGGGCUAUAGAUCCAAGGUUGAUCAAAUAUUUGCUGAGGCCCUUGACGCUGAAAGGUACAGAAUUUUUCAGUUUGUGUAUUAUUUACACAAAGAACAUCUUAAGAAAAAGUUAGCAAUGUGAGAAAAUUGCUUGUUCUUUUUUUUCAAAAAUUAUAAGGUUAAUUGCUAAAGUUGUAAUAUGUUCAUUAGCUUUUAAAUGUGAUAUUAAUAUGUAUAAGUUAUUUAUUUAAGAAACAAAGCCUUAAUAUAUAU